AUGGCCGAGGAUAAGUCACGUGCUAAGGCGAUGGAGGCCGUGGAGGCCAUUUUUGAGCGCUACGACCUAAUAACGCGGCGCACAUCAUCGCCCCUCUUCGACAAGCACAUAAUGUCCGGCCUCCAUAUCGAAACCGCCAGCUCGGACGGCAGCGUCACCUUCUCCCUGACCAUCGGGCCCGAGUACGGGAAUCUGAACGGCGUGCUGCAUGGGGGCGCCGCUGCGCUGAUCUUUGAUAUGUGUACCACGGCAGCGCUGGGUCCUGUUGCGAGACCCGGGUUUUGGGAUUUUCUAGGCGGCGUAACCCGAUCCCUAAACAUCAGCUAUCUAAAAGCGAUCCCGAUCGGCACGAAGAUCCUGAUCCGGAGCAAAGUCGCGCAAGUCGGCCGCACGCUGGCCCUGAUCCGCGGAGAGAUGGUGAGUGAGGAUGGGAAAACCGUGUAUUGUACGUGUGAACAGCAUAAGGUUCGGGUGCCGACUAGGGAGGAACAUAGAGCUGUUAGGGUGAGGUGGGAUGAGGGGUGGGAGAAGGAGGAGGGGCGGGAGAAAGAGGGGGGAAAGAGGGAGAAGGCGAAGUUAUAG